UCUACCUGUUCAGUGUGUGGGUAAGCUUACACUGUGCUGUUCCCAGCGCUCUGCGCAAGCCAGCUAAUUGGAAGAAGGCCUGCAAUGUCAUUCACUGACGCAGCGUGGGUCUCGCUCCGGGACUCCUGUGAUAGUGGACGUUUGGUGCAAGUGAUUUGACAACCUGCUUUCAAACUACAGCUCUUACGAACUAAUUACCCUAGCAAGGAAGGUGGAAAACGGUAUAUUUAAUUGUAAUAUCGCUCUUAAAAAAAGUGAUAUUUAAAAACAGACGAUUAAUGUUGUAAAAUAUAACGAAAUGGAAAUAUUGUGUAUAACAAGUUAUUGUUGUGAAAUAUCUACCGGUGUACAGACACCUGAUGCAGAAUCACCGUGUGUUCUUUAACAUAUCGUAUAAAGUUCAAUAAAUAUCAUAAUGAUAACGUCAAGAUAAUUAUGGACGACAGGCGUUCGUACAAAUAAACAUAAUCUUCAGUUGUGUGUCAACGAACUUUAAACAAAAACAGAGAUUUCAAUGGUGCGUAUAUAUUUAUUUUCACGUUAAUUGAAGUAUAGUUCAAUUCGGUUUAUGGACAUGUAUCCGAAAUAGAUUAGUCUUAACAGGAACUUGGAAAUUGGUGGAUAACUCAGAAAAUGAAGUCAUGGGACACAGAACAUGACCCAUAACGUGAAAUCAUUAAGAAUUAAUAAGAUGUUGCAAAAUAAUACGAAGACACGAAGACAAAUUCGUUGUUUUAGCAGAAAAAAAAAGGGGAUUCAAUGAUUGUUUUGAGUUGCAAUUGCCUAAGACACUACAUGUAAUAAUUAUAAGACAUUUAAUUGCUUCAAUAUAUAUAUAUAUAUCGUGUUUAAGUUUCAGUAUUUUCCGAGUUUAUUUUAAUAUAAAAACAAAAUUAAUGUCAUCGAAAACAAAUAAACUGUUUUGAAUUCGCAAGUUCGUGAGAAGAAAACGCUGAUAGUGGUUGUUAUUUCCCCUCGGAUGCGCUGGAGACUAAUAUCAUGUUAAUAUCCACAAGUAACCUUCCCAGCUCUGGUGUCGGUCAUCUUAACUGCGAUUACCCGAGUUCUGUGUGCUGCGGGCUGAGGUCAGGUGUUGGCCACCCUCUGUGGGGAAAGAUGGACUUACCGACAGGAAGUCUGCUUACCAGCAGCAGCGGCAACAGCAACACCAGCGGGGUUACCAACAACGUGUUACCGACCCUGCCGUGUACAGUGGCGUCUCCAAGUGUGAGCAGUGGCGGUAGCACAAUGCCGUCCUCCACGGCGGUGCCUAGCGCUGGAGCCCUACCUCCGCCUGCCGCCUUGCGGGACUUAUACGCUUCGGCCAUUGGGACUGCAGGUGCGGCGGGACAUCCCUUGGCGUCUCUCGUGUCCCAGCAGAGACUGCUAGAGCUGUCCCGCUUUGGACUGCGACAUUACGACCUUGCGCAGCAUAUGCUGACACAGCAGGGGGCGGUGACCAAGCUGCUCGGAACGCUACGACCCCCGGGUCUCAUCGGUGGAAGUAAACCGAAAGUGGCUACCCCGGCAGUCGUCUCCAAAAUCGAACAAUAUAAGAGGGAGAACCCCACCAUCUUUGCCUGGGAGAUCAGGGAGAGACUCAUCUCGGAAGGUGUGUGCACGAACGCGACUGCCCCGUCAGUCAGCAGCAUCAACAGGAUACUGCGCAACCGGGCUGCGGAGCGAGCGGCGGCCGAGUUCGCGCGUGCGGCUGGCUACGGCCUCUACCACCCGCAUCCGUACGCAGCCUUCCCGUGGCACCCCGCUCACCUGUGGCCGGCCCCUACACUCGGCCUCGCGCCGGGCGGCUCGGGUACCAGUUCCGCGGCCGCUGCAGCCAUGACGGCCGGCACAUCGCCAGCGUCUUCAGCGUCCCCAACAUCCAUCGGACACCAGCACGAGGGAGCCGCUAUAUCGACUUCAGACCUCAUGGUGCCCCGUCUUAUCGAUGUUGACGGCAAGGAUGAGACGGGGAGUUUGGACGGUUCGGAACAGCCCAAAUUUCGGAGAAAUCGGACUACAUUCAGUCCAGACCAACUGGAGGAGCUUGAGAAAGAGUUUGAGAAGAGCCAUUACCCAUGCGUCAGCACAAGAGAACGCCUGGCUUCGAAGACCAGUCUGUCGGAGGCCAGAGUACAGGUUUGGUUUUCCAACAGACGCGCAAAAUGGAGACGUCACCAGCGCAUGAACCUCCUAAAACGCUCUUCACCUCCCCCGCCUCCGUCGCAACAACCAACAACCCCACCUCGUCCCUCUGCACCAUACGGAGACCACAAUAUCACCACCAGCACCACUUCCAACAGCACUUCAACAACCACCAUUCCUGGCUCUCCGGAGGGCGUUUCCACCCCUGGCUCUCCACAACCCUCCACCCUUUGCAACAAUACUACUAUAGUACGUCAUCAUCAUCAUCAUCAUCUGCAUUCAGCAGCCUCAGGGGUGGGGCUGAAUCAGACAACGCAACUUCUUCUGCAGAUGGGAGGAGAAAAUAGCGCGUUCAAAGCCCUCCCCAACCACCGGAUGCUGACCACUUCAACUUCGCACCUUGUAUCACCAGCCGCUUAUGGGUAUGCUUCAAACAGUUCAUCAGAUUCUGAGGAGAUCAACGUGAACGAUCAUACAGAUGACGAGGUUGAAGACCGCUCCAGGUUGCUGUCCCUCCAGCAGCACCUGGGGCAAUCUCGACCACAGUCCAACAGUCCUCUCGGUGGGGCGGAAGAUAAGGCAGAGCCGCUGCAACUCACCAAGUAUGACCGGGAAAGAGUAUGAGGUACACACCUAGACUAGAGAGCUUCACAACAGAACUAAGACGGUGUUAACAUUUAAAGUUGCUUUGUCGUUGGUGUGACACAUUGUUAAAAACUUUUAUUUUGGGCUUAACCAGUCUGUUUCGGCAAAUGGUUGCAUAUCCGUCUUCAGGCGAUCAGGACACGAAAGAAAACCACUGUUGCUCCCUUCAGAAGAGAGACAAUGAGGUGUCCAAAAGGGUGGAACUUUUUUCGUAUUAUGAAGAUCUAAAUGUAAGAAACUUUCCGAAACACAGUACUCUUAUAAAAGUCGGUAGUUGGAAAAUGACGAAAACAAUAUUCUAACAGAUAUGGUACUAUUUGUCAAAAAUGAAGGCAAGAUUACAAAGGGGGCAUUGUAGAGCCCUAAAUAGCUGUACUACAGAACUUCUUGUGCAAUAGACAUCUCAACCCAACAUGGUGAACUAAAAAAAUAUGUCAUAGGGAGUAGUGCCCGUAGAAUUCAGAACCUUAAGAACAUAAACUAUCCAAAAUUUUCCUAAAUAGGGGAGGGGCAUCCUGUUUCAGAGUACUGUCACUUGGGAUGUAAGCCUGCAGUCACGUAAAUUUUUACCGAUGAUGAAUGUGCUGCUUUCAUCUUCAUAUCUCUCUACUCUGGCCCUUAUAGAGGCUUCAAACUGCUUCAAUGUUCUCAGUGGCUCUCUCAGGGCUUCUGUUGCUACAUCUGUGCAACUCCGUCCAAAGUAAGCUUAUCUACUUUUCUCUCCUAUACAGAAAAUGAAGGCAGGACAUUAAUUCGAAACGUCUCUCUCUGUCCUUUCACCUUCUUUUUCAUAAUCUUAUCUUACUCUUUCAUCAUUUCUUUUAACUCUUUUUCGCUUUCAGUGACAAGAUUUAAAGAAUCGCUUGUUUAGGUUCUGGAAAGUUUAAAUGACAAACCGCAGUAUAAAUAAAGUCUAAUGGCUUUGAAUCUCUCAUCUGUUAAACUGAGAAAGCUUUUAGGUACAGAAAGAAGUUAGAACUGACACAUCCAUGAAAAAUUUAAUGUCACAAAGAAAGAAUUAAGCGGGUAGAUCUAAGCUUGACCGAUUUGCCGCUGAAUCACAAUUGUACGAUGUUUAUCGCAAGUAAAUAUCGUCACAUUAUUUGAAUCUUAUCAAAUUUUCACCUUGUUAACUUAACUGCAUACUAGAUUUAUAUUAUGGCGUCUGCUCUACCCUACGACAUUUAUGCUACAGAAAAUUACAUAAUAAUAGGUCACAUAUGUGAACAUACAGAGCGGCAAAUAACAGGCUGUCCUCUGGAGCAAAGAAAACUCACAAGAGUUUGUUGUAAUAAGGUCAUGAAGGCAAGCGUAUGGCUUCUAACGUCAAAAGUUACUUUCAACUUUCUUUCGUUUGAGCCACAAACAAAUCAGAAAUUCAUAUACAUAUGUAUAAUAAAAAUAAAUGUUUUGAAAUGAAAGACAUUUUAUAAUCAAAGAAGUUCUAUUGGUUGUUAUAUAUAAAACAUUUCAAAGACAUCCAUUAGCCAUAAGGCAAUUAUAAUUCUAAUUGUUUCACUUCACUUAUGAAAAUAUAGAGGAGUAUUAAAGUGUGCAGUUUAACUCAACAGUUGGAAAAUCUAACUUUUCUGUUAUUCUGUGAAGUGGUAAAUAUAUAAUUAGAAUGAAGAAAUGAUUAAAUGUAUUUGUGACCAAUAUUUUACUAUAAAUAACUGCACAAAUGCUAAAAAUUUCCCUUUCAAUGUGAACAUACUUUCAUUGCGAUGUGAUAACAGAGUUUGAGGCUUUCAAUUUCAGUUAGAACUGUAGGAACUGUUGCUUGAAAAAUUCAGAUUCAAUCAUCACCGAAAACAUGUAAUACUUAUGUUAUUCUGAGAAAAUACUAAUUGAAAUUGAAUGAAUAAAAUUUGAAAACCGAA